AUGCAGAGGCUGGCGGGAAGGCUGGGACUGGCGAUCACAGUGAAGGCGAAGAGGAUGGCCGCAAGCCCCGAGCGUGCUGUUGAAGAGAACCUGGGUGUAUGGUGCGCGCAGGCAUCGGACAAUCUAAGGCAGGAAUUUCUGGAUUGCGUUAAGCUUGUCGAGGCUUUCGGCUGGUCGACUGAUCUGGAUGUUAGUGCCGUGGAUGAGAUCGAAACGGGCAUGCAGAUGGCGGAGCGUCAUUACUCGCUCGUCGAGGAGCAGGUAUUGCUGCUUCAGGAGACAGUCAUCGAGCAGCGUCUUCUGCUGGAGGAGCUGGUGGAUCUGCUACCCAUGAAGAUGGCGGUUGCUGGAGCCGUAGCUAUCGAGGCGAGUACUGAGGCGGACUUGGAACAGCAUAGUACAAGCACCUGGGCCAGGGUCGAUGCGCAGGCCCGCGAUUUACGAAAGGUUCGGGAGGAUGCUUUGCACAGGGCGGCGUACGGGCAAGCUGUCGAGGACUUCUGCUAA